CACAUCAAAUAGUAUUCCAUUUUUUGUUGCAGUUUGAAUUAAUGCAGUCGUGAAUAACUAUGUCAUUUUCAAGUGUUGGCGUAUAUCGCGUUGUUCUUCAACAAUAUAUGUAUGCAUCGCACCGAAUAUUGUGUAUCAUCAAAAUACUACCGGAUACUGUGAGUUUAUUUGAAAAGGAACCGGAAAAUGAUUUCAACUGGAUGACGGCUGCUCGUUGGAGUAAAAUAGAAAGCGGGCUUUUUCGCCUGUUUGCCAGCAUCGACAACUGGCAGGAAGAUGCGCCCAAAGUAAACACCCAGAUGCUCAUAGACCACAUCAAAGUAAAUGUGAGCGCAUCGAAGGAAUCGCUGCUGGCGGCACAGCAACUACUGCAAGAUAAGGUAAAGUGUGAUUUAGGUGUGGAAAUUGUAUUGCACUAUAUGUCACACGAGGACCAAACAAUCGUUAGUCCCAAGGCAACAAAACGCAAGCUAGUCCAGAAGCCGAAGGAAGCAGCAGUGGAUGUAAACACGGUUGGCUCGAACAAACAGAAUACAGCAUCUAAGAGCAGUAAUUCCGAGCAGUCGCAGACGAGUAAUGCAGAGCAAAAACCAAAACGUAGAGAUUUGUCAAAGUCGGAGAAAAAACGUGGUCGUCGAUCCAUUUCACAGGGUAAUCAGAGGCAGAACAAGUACGUGACGUCAACCACAAAAAGCCAACAGAUUGCGUCUCAGAGUCGCGCAGUAAAGCGCAGCAAAACUCCACCUUCUCGUUCAACCUCCGUGGAGCCGAAGACUGGACGUCGUUCUGCCCGCUCUCCUGUGAUACCAAAUCGUUAUAAUGAAUUUGUUAUGAGCGUUAAAUCAACACGCAAACCAAAACAAAAACUAACUGAUAAGUUCACCGACUCCGGCUCGGACAAGGGGUCAAGCAGUAAGCCAGUUGGCGACCAAAAGAAACAAACAGAGCAAGAAACUGACGCCCAAAAGUGGAGCCUUGAUCAGCUCGGUGGAUCUAAAAUUAAUAAUGCUGCGCUGAAGGAACUUAAUGACAUGCUUAAAGUACCCAAACCGCGGGAAGUUAAAAUUCUUCUGCUGCAGGAUAUGGAUGAGGCAUCUGUGUUGAGCACAUUCGAGACAUAUCGAACAGAUUUCGAUCGCCUGUUCAAGGAGCGACAGCAUAAGUAUCAAACAACUAACUACAUGAGCAUCGAUCACUAUCACAUCAUGGAUAUUUUAAAUAAAACGAUACGCGACAGCAUGAUGAAGAAACUGGCCGAAGUAUAUAACAAAUCGGGCCCGCAUGGUUCGCUGAUUAUAAAUGGUUUACUGCCACUAUGGAUAGUUCGUCUUUUUAUGGACAAGUUCAAGCUAACGCAGCAGGAGGCAGUGCAUCAGAUUGCAGAUCAACUUAAGUACGACACCUAUCUAAAAGCCGUAAACAAUGAGCCGAUUAAAUCGUUUUUGGAUGACUGAUGGAUCAGCCUACAAAUAGUAUUUAUUAUCUAUUUAUAUAUAAGUUAUAUCCAUUGUAUU